AUUAUUGUCCACCGGUCUGAGAGUCUGCCUGAAUGAGCGUCUCUAAAGUUUGACCGGUGUCUCGUUGACUCAGCUCUCCAGCAACGUUUGACUCUGCAGCAAACAAACCGACUGAACGCGAGAGACGCAGAGGAGAAGGAGAGAAGAUCUCCGCGAGCAGGAACAAUCACAAGUUUACUUUUUUUGUUUAGUAAAGGACUGUAGGUGUUCCUUCUGGACGAAUAACCCCGGGAAACAAAGCGUAGAUGUAUUCUUGUAGCUCCACACUGACUUGGUGAGGUUCCUCCAUCCUGCAGCAGCCCAUCAGGAGGAAGAUGAUGCUCUGAAACUGUCGGAUCUGCUGCUUCUUGUUUGCGUUUUCGUUGGGUUUUCUUUUUGUUGUUUCUUUGGCGUGGAAGCGCACUAACAACACAUGAGUUGGAUUGACCGGACGCGCGGUUUCCAUACAGUAAAUCCUCGGGGAUUAAAUUAACGAGGGCAAUGGAUAACUUCUUCACAGAGGGUGAUCGAGUGUGGCUACGGGAGGAUGAUCAAUACCUUCCCAGUACGGUGUCCUCUUGCUCAGGAGGUGUUGUUGUUUUCGCCACAGACUAUGGCCAGGUGUACACCUACAAGCAGAAUGCACUCACCAGGCAGAAAGUGCAUCCAAUGCACCACAGCAGCAUCAAAGGGGUGGAGGACAUGGCGACGCUGGAAGAUCUCCACGAUGGCGCCAUCAUGCACAACCUCUUCCUGCGUUACAAGCAGAGGCACAUCUAUACGUACAUCGGCUCCAUUCUGGCAGCAGUGAACCCUUACCAGCUGCUCCCUGGCCUGUAUGACCGGCCGGCUGUGGAGCUGUACAGUCGCCACCACCUGGGUGAGAUCACCCCGCACAUCUUCGCCAUCGCUAAUGAGUGCUACCGCUCGCUGUGGAAGAUGCUGCAGAACCAGUGUGUUCUGAUCAGUGGAGAAAGUGGAGCUGGUAAAACAGAAAGCACCAAGCUGAUCUUGAAGUUCCUGUCGGCCAUGAGCCAGCACUCACUGGAGGUAUCAUGCAGAGACAAGACAUCGCAUGUGGAGGAGGCGUUGCUGGAGAGCAGUCCAAUCAUGGAGGCCUUUGGAAACGCCAAGACCGUCUACAACAACAACUCCAGCCGCUUUGGGAAGUUUGUCCAGCUGCAUUUCAGCCAGAAGGGCAACAUCCAGGGGGGCAGAAUUGUCGACUACCUUCUAGAAAAGAACCGAGUGGUGCGGCAGAACCCAGGGGAGAGAAACUACCACAUAUUUUACGCCAUAUUAGCAGGAGCCAACAACCAGCAGAGAGAGGCAUUUGGGCUGACCCAUCUUGAGAGCUAUCACUACCUGAGACAGUCAAACUGCUCCACUGACAAGACAAUCAAUGACAAGGGCACUUUUCAGGAUGUUCUGAACGCCAUGCGGACGAUGCAGUUCACAGAGGAGAACAUCAACGAGAUCCUGCGCCUCCUUGCCGGGAUUCUUCACACGGGGAACAUCGAGUUUAUGACGGCCGGAGGAGCGCAAGUCUCAUCUAAAUCAGCUCUCAGCUGGACGUCCGAACUCCUUGGACUGAACGCGGAUCAACUGGCUGAGGUCCUGACCCACCGGUCCAUGAUCCUCAGGGGUGAGGAGAUCUCCACUCCGCUAACUGUUGAACAGGCGGUGGACUCUCGAGACUCCAUGGCCAUGGCACUUUACUCUCAGUGUUUCAACUGGAUCAUCCACAAGCUUAACAAUCGCAUCAGGGGAAGGGAAGACUUCAAAUCCAUCAGCAUCCUGGACAUUUUUGGAUUUGAGAACUUUGAGGUCAACCGCUUUGAGCAGUUUAACAUCAACUAUGCAAAUGAGAAGCUUCAGGAAUAUUUUAACAAGCACAUUUUCUCUUUGGAGCAACUUGAAUACAACAAAGAAGGCCUGGUUUGGGUCGACAUCAACUGGAUGGACAAUGGAGAAUGUCUGGAUUUGAUUGAGAAGAAACUGGGUCUCCUGGCACUGAUGAAUGAGGAGAGCCACUUCCCCAAAGCUACAGACUACACCUUACUGGAGAAACUGCAUAGCCAGCACUCAAAAAACCCUUUUUAUGUGAAACCUCGGGUUGCUGUGCACUACUUUGGAGUCAGACACUAUGCAGGGGAGGUGGUGUACGAUGUGAGGGGGAUACUGGAGAAGAACCGCGACACUUUCAGAGAUGACAUCCUCAACAUGCUGAGGGAGAGCAGGUUGGACUUUGUCUACGAUCUGUUUGAACACGUCCUGAGCCGCAACAAACAGGACACUCUGAAGAGCAGCUCCAAGCACAAGCGGCCCACAGUCAGCUCCCAGUUUAAGUUUUCUUUGCACUCCCUGAUGGCCACACUCAGCACUUCCAACCCAUAUUUUAUUCGAUGCAUCAAACCAAAUACACACAAGAUGCCUGACCAGUUCGACCAGACGGUGGUUCUGAACCAGCUCAGAUACUCCGGCAUGUUGGAAACAGUCAAAAUUCGACGCACCGGCUUCCCUGUUCGGAGACCUUUCCAGGACUUCUGCUUCAGGUACAAGGUGCUCAUGAGGGGUGUGUUGGUGCCAGAUGACCCCCGGGGGCGCUGCAUCCAGCUGCUGCACCUCUAUGACAGCAGCAGCACAGACUGGCAGCUGGGCAAGACCAAGGUCUUUCUCCGGGAGUCUCUGGAGCAUCGCCUGGAGAAGCAGAGGGAGGUGGAGGUGCUGAAAGCAGCCAUGAUCAUUCAGGCCCACGUCAUGGGUUACAUGGCCAGGAAGCAGUACAGGAAGCUGCUUCAGUGUAUCGUGGUCAUUCAGAAGAACUACAAGGCUUUCUACUGGAGGAGGAAGUUCCUGCUUCUCCGCUGGGCAGCGCUCACGUUCCAGAAACGUAUAAGAGGCCAGCUGGCCCGCCGGGCCUACAGCCAGCUGCAGGAGAGGAAGAGGAGGGAGGAGGAGGACCGUCGCAGGAGGAUGGAAGAGGAAAUGGAGAGGGAGAGACAGAGGCUGGAGGCUGAGAGACUCACCAGAGAGGCUGAGGAAUCAAGGAGAGUGAAGGAGCAGCAACUUACUGAGGAGCUCACCUCUCUGUGUUUGGCUCAGGCUCCACUCAAACUAACGGAUUCCACAUCACCAGAAACCCUGGAGGAGCUGGAGUCAGCAGAAGCUUUUGAGGAGGAGGCGAUCCGUCCUCACGAGGCCUCUCAGGUGGAGGAAAUCCUGCGUCUGGAGCGGGAGAUCCAGGUGCUGCAGAGGCAGAAGGAACGUCAGGAGCUCUCGCUGACGGAGGCCUCCUUGAACCGCCUGCAGCACCUACGCGACCAGGAGCUCCGACGGCUGGAGGACGAAGCCUGCAAGGCAGCGCAGCAGUUCCUCGACUCGUUGAACUUUGACGAGAUUGACGAGUGUGUGAGGAACAUCGAGAGCUCUCUGGGAGUAGGCGAGGCAGAUGAGAAGGAAGAUGGACAGAGGAGAGGCAACGAUGAAGAGGAGGUUGAUGAGGGGUUUGGGGCUGAUGAUGAAGCUUUUAAAGACUCACCAAACCCAAGCGAGCACGGCCACUCGGACGGCCAACGGACAAGCGGGAUCCGAACGAGUGAUGACUCUUCUGAAGAAGACCCAUACGCCAACGAUGGCGUGAUCCCACCGCUGCCACCCACCACCCUGCUUCACCAGCCGCUGCCUUUACCACCUCUGCCUCCAGCCUGCCACAGCGCCUCGUCCAGCGGGGAUUCUGCCUACUGCCACCCGCAGGCCUCAUCUGAGGCGCCGUCCGACGACCUGGUGGAGCUGAUCCCACCAGAUGAGGAUUCAGACUACGACCAGGACGACUACGACGAGGGCGCCAUCGUGUCCAGCGGCAGCAUCGCCUUCUCCAACCCUCGCAGCGGCCAGUGGUCUCCUGAUUACCGCGGCUCGGUGGGCACCUACAACAGCUCUGGGGCUUACCGCUUCAGCUCAGAGGGGGCUCAGUCAUCGUUUGAGGACAGCGAGGACGACUUCGACAGGUUUGACACAGAUGAUGAGCUGUCGUACCGUCGAGACUCCGUCUACAGCUGCGUCACUCUCCCGUACUUCCACAGCUUUCUCUACAUCAAAGGCGGCCUGAUGAACACGUGGAAGCGACGCUGGUGUGUCCUGAAGGAUGAGACCUUCCUGUGGUUCAGGUCCAAGCAGGAGGCUCUAAAGCAGGGUUGGUUGCACAAGAAAGGAGGGGGGUCGUCCACGCUGUCCCGUCGUAACUGGAAGCGGCGCUGGUUCGUGCUGCGGCAGAGCAAGCUCAUGUACUUCGAGAACGAUGGCGAGGAUAAGAUGAAGGGGGUCCUGGACAUGCACGACGCCAAAGAAAUCAUCGAUAACACCGGCAAAGAGAAUGGAAUUGACAUAGUGAUGCCAGAGAGGACCUAUCACCUGAUUGCAGAGUCUGCUGAGGAUGCCAGUCAGUGGUUCAGCGUGCUGAGUCAGGUCCACGGUUCCACAGAACAGGAGAUCAGAGAGAUGCACGACGAGCAGGCCAAUCCCCAGAAUGCUGUGGGAACGUUGGAUGUGGGGAUGAUCGAUUCGGUUUGUGCAUCAGAUAAUCCAGAAAGACCAAACUCCUUCGUCAUGAUCACGGCGAACCGUGUGUUGCACUGCAACGCCGACACGCCGGAGGAGAUGCACCACUGGAUCACCCUGCUGCAGCGCUCCAAAGGAGACACCCGCGUUGACGGGCAGGAGUUCAUCAUCCGAGGCUGGCUGCACAAAGAGAUGAAGAACAGCACCAAAGCAUCGCUAAAGCUGAAGAAGCGCUGGUUCCUGCUCACCCACAACUCCCUGGACUACUACAAGAGCUCGGAGCGCAAUUCCCUGAAGCUGGGAACGCUAGUGCUGAACAGCCUCUGCUCCGUGGUGCAGCCCGAUGAAAAGGUCUACAAAGAGACCGGAUACUGGAAGGUGAUUGUGUAUGGCCGUAAACACUCGUACCGACUCUACUGUAAGCUGCUGAACGAAGCCACGCGCUGGGCCAGCGCCAUCCAGAAUGUCAUAGACACCAAAGCCCCCAUCGACACACCGACCCAGCAGCUCAUCCAGGACAUCAGGGAGAACUGUCUGAACUCUGAGGUGGUGGAGCAGAUCUACAAGAGGAACCCCAUCCUCCGCUAUAGCCACCACCCACUGCAUUCACCGCUGCUGCCACUGCCCUAUGGAGACAUCCAUCUCACCGCUCCAAGAAGCAGGAGCUACACGACGCUGCAGGACGAAGCCCUCAAGGUCUUCAGCUCUCUGCAGCACCUGGAUGGAGUGGCCGACCCCGUUCCCAUCAUCCAGGGCAUCCUGCAGGCCGGCCAGGAGCUCAAACCCCUACGUGACGAGCUCUACUGCCAGCUCAUCAAGCAGACCACACGGCCGCCGCAGCCUGGCAACCCAGCAAACCUCUGCAGCUGGAAGAUUCUGGCCUGCAUGUCCUGCACUUUUGUCCCCACAAGAAGCAUCCUCAGAUACCUUAAAUUUCACCUGAAGAGGACUCGCGAACUCUUUCCUGGUUCAGAGAUGGAUCGUUAUGCUGCCUUCGCCCUCGACUCUUUAAAGAAGACUCGACCCAGGGAGAACGUGCCGUCACAGGAGGAAAUCCGCGCCAUCGUGGCCCGACAGGACAUGAGCACCACAGUUCAUUGCCACGGAGGAGGCUCCUGCAAGAUCACCAUCAACUCACACACCACUGCAGGAGAGGUGGUGGAGAAGCUGAUCCGCGGUCUGGCCAUGGAGGACAGCAGGAACAUGUUUGCUCUGUUUGAACACAACGACACCACAGAGAAAGCCAUCGAGAGCCGUAGCGUGGUGGCCGAUGUGCUCGCCAAGUUUGAAAGACUUUCAGCGAGCCCAGACGAAAGCAACACGGGCUGGAAGUUUUACUUCAAACUCUACUGCUUCUUGGACACAGACAACGUUCCCAAAGACAGCAUGGAGUUCGCCUUCAUGUUUGAACAGGCUCAUGAGGCAGUCAUUCGUGGUCAGUAUCCCGCUCCUGAGGAGACCCUUCAGUUCUUGGCAGCCCUGAGGCUUCAGUACCUCCUGGGUGACCACAACUCCCAGACCAACAUCCCUGAAAUGUCCCAAGUGUUCCCCAUGGCACGACUGCGGGCCCGAGUGCAGAACUCAGCCAAGUCCUUUGCUCCAGGCACCGGCUCAGUGGCGGACCGCUCCGGGACAUCGGAGAGGAAGCGCUCCAGCUUCUUGGAGGGGACGCUGAGGCGAAGCUUCCGGAGCGGCUCACUGAGUCGGCAGAAGCUGGAGGAGGAGAACAGCCUGGAGGCUUGGAUGAGGGAGGAGGUGGUGGCAGUAAAAACCAACAUGAUGGAAAAGUGGAGGAAGCUGCAGGGGAUGAACCAGGAACAGGCCAUGGUCAAAUACAUGGCGCUGGUGAAGGAGUGGAAGGGAUACGGAUCCACACUUUUUAACGUCGAGUGUCAGGACGGAGCCUUCCCCUCUGAGCUGUGGCUGGGUGUGAGCAGAGAGGCCAUAUCUGUGUACAAACGAGGGGAGCCGUGGCCUCUGGAGGUCUUCCCAUAUGAACAGAUACUUUCCUUUGGAGCGCCGCUUCCCAACACCUACAAGAUCACCGUAGAGGGCCGAGAGCUGGUCUUCGAAACCCAAAUGGUCAUGGACAUCGCCAAGCUAAUGAAAGCCUACAUCAGCAUGAUUGUGAAGAAGCGCUACAGUAACUGUCAGUCCAUCAGCAGCCAUGGGAGUCAGUGCAGCGCCUGGUGAACUCUGAGUUUUAUCCUUUGGCCUUUUUGAGACUUCCUGAGUGCAACUAGAAGGUCCAGCGUGCAUGGACACCAUGGUCUUCUGCUCAUUUGCAGGGCAUCAGCAUGGCUGAUGGCUGGACACAUAACCACAAUGCUCUUAACUCAGUCUAUCUCAAGUUUUCUUUCCAAAACUUUACACAUCCACCUCUGACAAACAAGGACAAACAGAUGUGUUUACAUACAAAGUAUGAACCAUUUCUACAGUCUCUCAGGUUACAGAGUUCCAGGUUAAAGCUGCCUAACACCAUGAAGCAACAUAGAGUCCAUCACGGAGUACAGACCAGUUAACAUCCAGUACUAAAAUCAUAUCCGUGGUAGCUGGUCACACUUUAAAUGCAAAUGAUGAAAAUAUAAAAUAUAUAUUGUCUUAAUCUAAUUUGUUAGUCCACCUUAAAUUGUACUAUUGAUGAUAAUGAUGGGAUUGCAAGAUGGACUUCUUCCUCAUUCAUGCUCCACAUUUCCCUUCCCUGAAGUAACCCCAAAGAAAAACCACAAAAGACAGUGAUGUCCAGAAUUACAAAAGCUGUAAAGCCAUUGAACUCACCACUUUAUAUGGUACCAAUUUACCUCCAGCUAAAUUCUUCAGUUUGUGAUGGAUCAGCUGGGAAAAGCACAAUACUGAAAGAUGCUGUCUCGCCACCUAGUAAUGUCGGACAUAUUUGAGUUUUUUUCCCGGGCUUCCCUUUGAAUCAUGUUUCAUUUCUCCUCUAAAUCCGACUCUAACCAGACCUCCAUAAUGACCCCAACCAUCACUGGAGACACCUGCAGAGUUUGAAGAACUGAAAACAAAGUGAUGUUAAAACAGUGAUCAAAGGAUGCAAAUUAUUCUUGGUUGAGAAAAACUUUAUUUAAAUCCUAAAAUGGAACAAAUUGACCUUUUCGACUGUCUUUCACACCAAGAAACAUCAGCUGAAUGUCUUACAUGCUCCUGAUUUCUCAUUAAGUCAGAGUUAACAUUUAAAAGUGGAUGUGUUUUAUUUUGGAAGAAACACUUUAUCACAGGAUUGCUCAUUUUCCUCAAGUUUGCAUGCAAGUUUAAAGAAAAGCUUGUCUACAUGCUGUCCAAAGGUAUUUACAUGAAGACAAAACAGCAAAGAGGACAUUUUUCCAGGAUUACGUAUUCCCUGUAAAUAACAACCGUAUUCCUCUCAGAGCUCUAAAAUCUGAUGGUUUUUAAGUGAUUUGUUGGUGAUGAAAAGAUCACAAGUGCCUGUUUAAAAUGAAGCAAGGUGAGCUCUAACCAGAUCUUGUCUUAUUGAUACCACUCUUCUCUGUGUUAACAGAAUCUGAAAGGUGCUCCAACUUCCCUUUAACUGCCAAUGUAUUUGUACACUGCAAAAUAUGUCCAGCUGUGCAAGUCAUUCAAGCUGCAUCUGCCAUUUUUAAGAAAAAAUAGUUAAAUCAAGAAGCAAUUUGAUGAAAUACCAAAACACAGACUGGUUCUUGCGUUGUGGCCGUUUUUUUUUUUUGUUAUUUUUGUUUGUUUGUUUUUUUUGCAUCCAUUAAUGCUCUGCAUUUGGUGAAGCACAUUUUUACUGAAUCUACCACAUGGUUUGGGUAUAUCAUGAAAAAUUAAGUUUAAUGAGUAAAUGUUUAUGGUUUUUUUAAGUUUUGAUCAUUUAACUCUUAUUUUCAUCCAUUGUUUAAAAGCAUGUUAUUGCUUCUAAACAUUGGAAAAAAAAGGCAAAGAUUUUUUUCUUUGCAUUCUUCUUCAUGCAAACAUUGACAUCAGUGUGAAAUACACACACACACACACACACAUAUAUAUAUAUAUAUAUAUAUAUAUAUAUAUAUAUAGUGUAAAAUAAACAAACAUUGGAAAGGAGCAUUUUUAAUUUAAUUUAUUUUCCCCUGUGCUCAGUUUAAACCUGCAGAUGUUUUAUUUUAUCCGUUCAGUCAGUUUUAGCCUGAAUGACUUGCUCAGUUGGGUCUGUUAGCAGUGUAACAGUCCUAGAAAAUUUCACUGGAGCGCCGCUGGCGGCAGAUCCAUCCAAAGAUGCGUGUGCAGGUUUCUUCCACAGUGCCUUCUUGUAAAUUGUGUAUACUUUUUUUGUUUCCCGUGCGGAUUUUUUUUUUUUUUUUUUUCCUCUUUUCUUUAUGGUAUAGGGUGCAAUGUUAUAUAAAUAUAAGUAUAUAAUCACCUGGCUGUACAUUUCAUGCGGUAAGUCUUUGCCUUCUGAAUGGUCAUCACUUAGUUAUUGUCUCUUGUAUCUUUUGUUUUCUUUUUCUUUUUUUUUUUUGUAUCUGUUUUCAUGUCCAUAAGCGUGUUGUGUUGAUCUGAUGAUUCAUUAAAUAAAAGCUUACAUAUUUGGUC